AUGCAAUUGAAUGGUCACUCUCAGAAAGAAACUGAAUUUCUGUUUAUACGUCAGGUGGAGUCUUUUCUCUCUGGUAUAAUUGAUGUCACUUGUCAUACUGAAGAUGUUCUACUUAGAUUGAUUAUCUUUAAGCAUGUUCCAGAGAUUGUUAAAUGUUUAACAGAAGUUUAUCCCAAGUUAAAACUGUCUCAAUUCAUUGUCCGGUUGAUUACACGUACACUAGAGAGUACUGAACUGCCAAGUCAGAAAAUUUUAACUGAAACCAUUCAUUCAAGUCUAUUCACUGAUGCUCAAUGUCGUCAUCUUCUUGUACCAACGAUUCAGUCAAGUUUAACGCAUGUUUUCACAGAAAAAUUGGAUAAAGUUCUUAAUUCUAAAAAUAAUGAAAAUACAGCCAUAAUGGACGUUUGGUGUGAUGUACUGCUUUCGUUUGUGGACAGUUUUACGAAAGCCACUGAUGCUACUUUUUCAACCACUCGAAACACUUGUGAUGUUAGUGGUGAUAAUCACCGUCAUAAAGAAGAAGAGGAACCAGAACAAGAACAAGAGGAUGAUAAUAGUGAAACUGCAUCUAAAACUUCAUUAACACCGACAAGAAAAUCAUCAUCUACUGUUGUAAUCGAUUCUUCUACUUCUUUUUAUAAUGAUAAAUCAGAUGAAAUUUUUAAUCUACUCAUUAAACGUGAUUUUCUUCGUUGGACUAUGCAACAGUUAUCAAGGAUUUUAAUAUUUAUACACCAGCGUAAUUCUAGUCUAUACUGUCAACCUAUGAACUGUGAUUCAUUUGCUGUUGUUGUUGCUGGUGGUGGUGGUGGCAGUGCUAGUAAUAGUAGUAGUUGUUGCAGUAGUGGUGGUACAACAUUACCGUCAGUAAAUAAAUUAUCACCUUCAAAACCGCCUAUUCAUCCAUCUUAUCAUCGAUUACAACCAAUUAUGGGUUGUUUAUCCACUGUACUCUUCUCGUUACUACGAUUACUGACAAAAUCUAGUUGGAUAAAAUUUCUCGACUCUGUAUAUGAAACUGAAGAAUCUUGUCGGUGUAGUUAUUGUCAUAAUCUACAACUUGUGGGUAUUUAUGAUUUUCUGCAUGAGUUAUUCAAUCUCUUCUGUUUAAUGCAUUUAUAUCCGGCUUAUCCAUCACCAAUGUUUCGGUCAAGAUCAGAUAGAAUCUGGGCAGUCGGUAGGUAUUCAUGGGAGGAUGGUAGUUAUGCUGAUGAUAGACGAUCAGAGAAUUAUGAUCAAAAGUUGAUAUCUUCAUCAUUAUCAUCACCUCAACAGAAUAAUUUAUCGAAUAUCUCGUCUAUGAAUCAGCAUAACAAUGCUGAACUAUUCUCUCAGUCAUGGAUUGAAAUGUUGGCGUUGAUAUCGAAUUCUGAAUUGGAUGUUAUUGAAGUACUGAUUGAACUUGCUAUUAAACCAUUUUUCCUUGAUUCUAAAUUGGAUAAUAAGUUUUUAUUACAUUCUACGCAGUCGUCAUCAUCCUCAUCGGCAACAGCAGUCUGUCAGGCAGAACAAUGUUUAUCCACAGAUAUUAUUGAAUUACUUGCUCAGUGUUUAACUGGAUUCGCUGUGGAACAAGCUCAUUUAUGCGUAGAAGCUCUGCCUCCUGUAACUCGAACUCGUAUUGAUCAAAGUUUGACUAAUCACCAUUCAAUUGAUAUGCGACAAAGAGCAUGUAAUUUACUAUUAUCUCUAUGGCAUUCUAUCGACGAUCGUUCAAAAACAAAUUAUAUUCAAAUUUUCCUUCCAAAUGUGAUUAAUAUGGCUACAUUACCACUUCCAAAAAUACGUGAAAUGUGUGUAGAUUGUAUAUUGAGUGCAUUGACUAUCCAUUCAUCCACUGUGGAGCAUGUAUUCGUCAGUGAAAUUGAUCGUGUUGUUCAAUGGGCUGGUACAGAUUUUGCUGCAGAUAUUCGUGAUCUUUUACAGAGUCGUUUGUUGAACAGUAAAAAUUCACUACAAACACUUCAACGUACCACUGCUCACACUACACCUGAAGAUGUACACUUAGAUCAUAGACAACGUGUUGUCAAUGAUUUCAGUAAACAAAUUGACUGUCUUCUGCACUAUGGUAAAUUUAUUAAUCAUCCAUCACAGAUGAAUGAAAUGUUGGCAUUCUGUAAUCUAAGAAAGUUUUAUGAAUCUAUCAAUCGUAAAGAUAUGAUUCUACGCUAUUUAUACCGAUUGGAUCGAUUACACGCUGCAUAUUCGAAUAAAACAGAACGUGGAUAUACUCUGGAGUUAAUUAGUGAAAAUUACUCGUGGGAUGAAACCAGUGUUGAUGUAAGUGAUGUCUCUCCGCAUUAUGUACAAUAUGGACAAAAUUCUUCACGUGAAUUACGUGAACGUUUAUUAUUAGAUAGUUUUGAAUAUUUAAAACAAGGUACAGAUUGGGAGCAUGCAAUUGAAAUAUCAAAUAAACUAGUUCAUCUAUAUCGUGAUGUUAUGCCAAAUUAUGAACGUCUUAGUGAAAUAUUGCAAGAACAAGCUCAUCUCUACCAGCAUAUUGUGUCAAGUGAACAGUCACGUCUACCAUUUCGUUAUUAUUUAAUUGAAUUCUAUGGUCCAGCUUCGUCAUUAAUUACAACUAAUCGGAAAUUAAUUUAUCGAACAGUAUCAGAUUUAGGCGAUGUAUUAAAUAUGCUAACAGAACAAUUUCCUGAUGCUAUUAUACUGAAUCAACCGCUAACAACUAACAAUCAGUCAUCAGUAGCAGCUGAUAAAUUCUGUAUAUUUGCCAGUGGAAAUUUAGAACCUGAAUCAGAGAUACCUGAACACUUAGAUUCACGUGUUGUUGAUAAUAAAAUAAAAAGCUACUACUCCAAAAAUCGUGUCAAAUACUUUUUACGUCAUCGACCAUUACAACCGACAGAGAAAAAAGAUGGUCGUCUUGUAACCAAUACUGAAGAAACGCGGUAUUGUAUAACUGAGACUAUGCCAAAUAUCAUUCCUAUUAUGCCAGUGGAUAGAGUAGAGAUUCGUAUGUUAAGUCAAACAGAAUGGGCCAAUAAACAGAUUCAAGGCAUUAUAAAAGCAUUGCAUGCUGAUUUAGUAUCAGCUAAAUCACAAGAGUCUAACAUCUCUCAAUAUAUUGGUAAACUUGUCUCCUCUAUUCAAUCGCCUGUCAGUGGUGGUGUACCGAAAUUAGUGAAAGAUGUUGAAUUAUCCGAUGAUCCUCGGCAGGAGAAGUGUUUCUCUCAAUUAGCUGACAGUGUUUUAGAACUCUUGGAGUUACAGUUAACCUUUUUAAAGUUUUGGUAUACAACUGAUCCACCUCCACCUCCGGCGUCUCAUCGUCUAAUUGCAAUGCGUAAUCUUGAUAUGGUUGAAAAUACUAGUGGAUCUAAUGUGUUUCUAGUUCUUCGUUAUGGUCCAAUAUCUACAGAUAGACAAGGCACUGUUAGUGGGAUUAGUAAUAAUAAUAAUACGAAUAUACUGUCUCCACUUCGUCGUAAUUCGCGUUCAUCACAAAAUGCUAUGAACACCAGUGUUGGUACAAUCACUCAAUCAACUAUGCCAAGAGUUUUCUCUAGGCCUGAUUAUUCUGGUUUUGAACAUUCAACAAUUCGUUCCUUACAAAGAUCAUUUCAAACGCUCAACAUGUUUAAUGUUUCAUUUGCCCAAGACAUGUGA